GAGGUGUACUUAUUAGUGUUAAAAUUAGCAAGAGCGUGGACUGGUGUGGUAUUUCGCAUCUCCGCUACUUAAACCCUAAAACUCACCACCACCACCACCAAACAUAGCUUGCAAUGAAUGGAGUCAAUUAUUAGUGAAGCUAUUUUCUUCUUCUUGUAUAUGUCCAAACCAUGUUAAUUUCCCCUCGUCUAUUGGGUAUCACAUUCAGAAAAUCUCACCAUUUGUCAUCAGCUGCAACUUCAUUUACUCCAUUCCCUCAAAACUUCUUCUUCUUUGUUAACACCUUCCUUUACUUAUUCAGAUACCCUUUUUCCACUAAUAAUAAUAAUAAUAUUAAUAUUAAUUUUAAUGAUGUCGAUUCCAUUAAGAAAAUCAUACGGGAAGAGAAAUGGGAAGAUUUUAGGAAUUCGGGUUUAGCUCCUAUUUGGGUGUCCAAUAUCCUAUUCACAUUGAAAAAAGAGCCAAGGUUAGUCUUGAAGUUUUUCAAGUGGGCCAAAACACAGACUUCUUUUUAUCAUACUCCAGAGGGUUAUUGUAUUGUAGCUCACAUUUUGUUUUAUUCUAGAAUGUACAGUGAUACAUAUGUUGUUCUAAAAGAAUUGGUUACUCUCACUAAUAAUCCUAUUGAUGUCCUUUGGUCAACGAGAAACGCUUGUGAGCCGGGUGGGUAUGGCGUGUUUGAUGCAUUGUUUAGUGUACUAAUUGAGUUGGGUUUGCUUAAGGAAGCUAGUGAGUGCUUUUUAAGGAUGAGAAGUUUUAGCGUUCUUCCCAAAGCACGAUCGUGUAAUUAUCUUUUGCAGAGAUUCACAAAGUUGGGGGAUAAGAACUCGUCGUUGAAGUUCUUUCAUGAUAUGAUUGAGUCUGGGAUUGUUCCGACGGUGUAUACAUACAAUAUAAUGAUUGGCUAUUUAUGUAAGGAUGGGGAUUUGAAUGCAGCGAAAAGGUUAUUCGCUCAGAUGAAGGAUAUAGGCAUUGAUCCAGAUAUAGUUACAUACAAUUCUCUCAUUGAUGGAAUUGGUAAGCACGGCGAGCUUGAGGAUAUGGUUUAUAUCUACAAAGAAAUGAAGUGUCUUCCUGAUUUAGUAACAUACAAUACAUUGAUCAAUUGUUUUUGUCGAUCUGGAAAGAUGGUAGUUGCAUUUGAGUAUCUUCAUGAGAUGAAGAAAAGUGGGUUGAAUCCCAAUGUGGUUACUUAUAGCAUAUUUAUUGAUGUUUUUGCCAAAGAAGGGAUGUUACAAGGAGCUAUAAAGUUCUUUGUAGACAUGAGGCGGGUUGGUCUUGUUCCUAAUGAAUUUACUUAUACUUCGUUGAUUGACGCUCAUUUUAAAGCUGGUAAAGUUGAUGAAGCUUUGAAGCUUGUUAAAGAGAUGCUAGAGGUAGGAGGUAAGUUAAAUGUCGUGACCUAUGCGACAGUGGUUGAUGGCCUUUGUAAUAAAGGGAAUAUCAAGGAAGCUGAAGAAGUUUUUAGGGUCAUGUUGAAGGAUGGGAUUGUCCCAAAUUUAGAAGUCUAUACUGCUCUUAUCCAUGGGUAUAUCAAAUCAAAAAGGCUAGUGGAUGCUUUUAAUAUGUUGGAACAAAUGAAAGAAAAUAAUAUCAGACCAGACACAUUACUCUAUGGAAUAGUUUUAUGGAGUUUUUGCUCUGACGAGAAGUUUGAAGAAGCCAAAGUUUUAUUUGAUAAAAUGAAGGGUCUUGGGAUAGAGGGAAAUUAUGUCAUAUACACAAUACUUGCUGACGCUUACUUUAAGGCUGGAAAAUCGGUAGAAGCACAGGCUCUGCUAAAUGAAAUGCUGGAAAAAGGUAUUUCCCCUACUGUUGUGACGUAUUCUGCAUUAAUUGAUGGCUUGUGUCGGCUGGGAUUUGUCCAGGAAGCAGUGGACCAUUUCCAUUCUAUGCCAAAAAUGGGGUUGCAGCCUAAUGUCGUGGCUUAUACAGCUCUAAUUCAUGGCCUCUGUAAAAAUAAAUGUCUAGUUGCUGCGGAAAAGAUAUUUGAUGAAAUGCUUGGCAAAGGUAUACUUCCAGACAAAAUAGUGUAUACAUCCUUUAUAGAUGGAAAUCUAAAGCAGGGAAAUGUUCAAGAUGCUUUAAAUUUACAAAGGAGAAUGACCGAAAGUGGUUUGGAGCUUGACCUUCAUGCCUACACAGCUUUGAUUUCUGGGCUCUCAAAAAAUGGCCAGGUGCCUCAGGCGAGAAUGUUUUUUGAUGAGAUGAUUGAGAAAGGUAUUAAACCUGAUGAGGUUGUAUUUUCAUGUCAUAAGAAAUAUCAAGAGAUCGGUAAUCUAGAAGAAGUUCUUGUGCUGCAAAAUGAAAUGAUGAAAAGAGGCCUUACGACAGUUACAAGUGAUAGAGCAGUUCAUGAUAUGCAAACCUGAGAAAUUGUAUUUUGCUUGUCUGGUUCGAUCAUUGACAUAAGAGGUCGCAAUUAUACACAGUGUGCUCUCCCAUAUCCAAUUCAACCCCAUCUUAAUGCUGAGAGAGAAUUAUUGGGUUGUCUCCUAGGGUCUGAUCCUGCCUGGAAACAGAGGAGAGGCGGAGCUCAUUACUGCUUCACGGUAGAGAGCUGGAGGAAGAUCAAAUAUAACUGAGAAUGCUGGAUUCUGAGGAACUUCUGCAACAAUGUGACCGUCAACGUAACUGCAAAUUUCCUACCUUAGUUUAUUUAUAUAUCACCAUGAGACAGCAGAGCCAACAUGGACUAAGCAUGAAGUUGUUUAAGUCCAUUGUUUUAGAGGCCAAUUAUUAGCUCAAUCUUCACAUGCUGAACUGAGCAAGAGGAAGUUAAGAGAACUGUCAUGAAGGUGAUGCUAGCUAGAUAAGUUUUGCACCUUACUGAGCGACUAACAUGAAGUAGUGGUCAGUGACAUGAAAACAAAGCUCUCUUUUUCUGAACGGCAUUGGUGAAGAACCACUGGUUUUUCCCUGGAAGCAGCUAUUAGUUAUACAGAUAUCACUGAGGACGAGGGUUCAAAUUCCAGUUGAUGCAAGAAACACUAGAUGAUUUCUUCCCAACUGGCCUGGUCUUAGUGGAUAGAGUUAAACAGUACAAUGGCAGCAAGUACCCGGUGGAUUAGUUGAGGACACCAGUUAUUUGUAGAAAAAAGUUGCAAUGAGAUCGUGCAGAAAAAUUCCCUAGUACGGUAGUUACGAUUUCAACAUCGCUUUGGUACUUGUAAAGUUGGCCCCUGUCCUAUUUGUUUAUCAUUCUUUGCCAAAUUUGAGCUAUUCUGCUAUGAUGAUUUGAUUUAUCAAUUUACUUUCUUUU